AACAGUUUACCAGCUGAGAGCGCAGGUUGAACACGUCUCGCGCUAGCCACUUUAUCGGUACCGUCUGGAUUUUGGCUGUAUGCAACGCGCGAGUCUUUACAGAUCUCUGAGGAUUAGGAACAAUGAAACUGACCGAUCGCAGCUCACGGCCAAAUGCAGCUUCGGCCGAAAGCGAUACGGCGACAUCGUGCGUGCGACUCUUGCGGAUACCACGUGCUGCACCCAGCAUUGAGAACUAUGGGUUUCAUCUGACCCGUAGCAAGUGGGAUCCCUAUCCAUGGGUCUGCGAGGUGGCCGCGGGCACACCUGCAGCACUGUGUGGCCUCAAGACGGGUGACUGUGUUCUAGAGGUCAAUGGCGUAGAUGUCCUUGGCCUGCGUGUCGCAGAUGUGGCCAAAAUAGUCAAGAGCCAAAAGGACUGCGUCACAAUGCUCUGCUGGAACAGUGGCUGUGAAAAGGACUGUGAUAAGAAUAGCAUAUGCUGUGCACCCAUGCCGACCAGCCUAAGACGGCUCUCCACUGCCCUUGAGAGUAUAUUGCGGCUGGUCGAGUGCCCCAUCUGCAAUCUGACCAUAAUUCCGCCGGCCAUGCAAUGCCAGAACGGACAUGUGCUCUGCGUUGAUUGCCGCAUUCGGGCCGAACGCUGUCCCAUCUGCAGGGACUUUUACACGCCACGCCGGGCCUUGUUGGCCGAACAGAUUUACUUGACCAUUGCAAAUGCCUUUGAGAUGUGUCGCUCCGAAGAUAAAUUGCGACAAAAGCUCUUCGCGGGCAUCACCAAAGUCCCAGCCGUGACGCAGCCGGCGCAAACACUUGCUGACCCAAGCAUUUGGCGGAAACGAAGGCCGCUGCUGCCAACGAAUAAAUUUCUGACCAAGCUGCUGGACGGUCGCACUGACUCGCUGGAGAAUCUCUUCGAGUCCAAUGCGGCCACACUGCUGCGCACUAAUUCCACAGACAACUUCAAUGCCUCCAAUGAAACGAUACAAUCAGCAGAGACGACAGAGCCGACACAGCCGACAGAGCCGACACAGCCGAUAGCCAGUGCCACAAUGGCAAGGACGACAACAAUGCAUCCGUCACAUGAUGAAAUUUCGGGGCAUCUUUCACUCUCAACAAAUGAUUUACGGCAUGCAACAGUUAAGCUGAAAGGGCAGCCCAAUGCCGAGAGUAAUGUCCCAGCUGAAGGCGAUGUGGAGCAGGAGGAGGAGGAGGAGUCCGGCAGUAGCCACAGUUCCGUCUCCAUCUGCUCCUGGCCAACGCGUCCGCAGUCCGACAGUCUGCUUUUCAUAGGAAAAAGUCGACCCCUGGCACUGGCCCCGUCGCAAUAUCCCCUAAACGAGUAUCGUAUGCCAUGCAAUGUCAAUGAAUCUUCGAGUACGGUCCAGCUGGCAGCAGCACCACCUUCUGUCACGCUGAGUAAAUGUGGCACGGAUUUGCCCGAGCAGGUGGUCCAAACAAAGCCAGCCUCUCUGCUCUACUGCGAGUGCGAGUGCACCUUGCCUUUUGAUGAUGAACUGACGCUGCACCAGAACCAGAACCAGAGCCAGGACAAGGAUCAGCAGCAGCAGCAAAAGCAAAAGCAUCAACGAGAAAACUGCUGCUACAAAUCCGCUUUUCGUCUGCUUUGAGCAUUCAGUUGCCGCCAGCCAACUUAAUCAACGGGCAUGCACUUAUCAGUGGGACGUUUGCUUUUGGCUGUAUUUCUUUUUGGUUUGGUUUUGUUUUUGUUUUUAUUUUUGCUUUUUGUUCUUGUGUACUAAUUAAAUUAAACGCCAGUUGCUUUGCCAAAGUUGCU